AUGUUCUCCAGACCAUCGCCACUGGCCAUCUGCUCCUCCUCCAACCUGCCCGCCUUCAUAUGGCCCUUUGCCCCGAUAACGUCGACGCCGCCAUGUCGUCCCAUCGCACCGGCGCCCGGGUCGUCUUCCGGGUCACGACUACGGUGCCGACGACACACACGCCGGUAUGCCACCGUCCACGACAGUAGCAGGAGAACGUCCCGUGCUACAUCCUCGUCCUCGGCCUCGUCAUCGUCAGUGUCAUCGUCGCACUGGCCCUCCGCCCGCAACCCGACCCCUUACCAGAUCUUUGACCAGCAGCGCGACGCUCCUUACAGCAAAGCCCGCUUCUAUGAGCUGGUCAAGGUCUACCAUCCCGAUCGCCACCGCCAGGUGCCACACGACAACCUCACCGACGCCGCCCGGCUCGAGAGGUAUCGUCUGGUCGUCGCUGCCAACGAGGUGCUGUCUGACCCCGUCAAGCGUCGCCAAUAUGACCUGUACGGUGCAGGCUGGGGCUCCAUCCGAUCUAUGGACAGCUCCGGCUAUCGCCACGCCGACCGGAGCUGGCGGAACGAGCCCGGGAACCCCUCCAUGAACGCCACCUGGGAGGAUUGGGAGAGAUGGUACGGCGAGCAAGCCGGUACCGGCAGGCGCCAGCAGACCGUCUUCAUGAGCAACGAGCUCUUCGUUGUCGUGCUGUGCAUCUUUGUCGUGGCCGGCAGCAUGACCCAGGCCAGGAGGGCCACCACGACCACCAUGAACGUCGUUGAGAUGCGCGACCAGCGCCACGAGGCCAUCACCCACGACAUGGCCAAGCGGAGGACGGAGCAGGGCGGUCUGAGCCGGAACGAGAGGGUCGAGAGCUUCCUCAGACAGCGCGAAGGCUGGAAUGUGCCGGACUCUGCCGCCUCGCAUGAGGCACACCGAACCAGCCACAGUCAUAGAUGA